AUGGCGGUCCGUGGCACGAGCGCGAGCCAAGACGGGCGCUACUUGGCGCAGGAGAAGAAGCUGCUGGCCACGAUGACGUUCCCCAAGUGCUUCGAGCAGAGCGUAGACAUGCGUAAAGUGCAGCGCGAGGUUAUUAACCAGUGGAUCACAGAGCGGAUCACGCAAUUGUUGGGCUUCGAGGACGAUAUUGUGGUAUCUAUGGCCAUUAACCUGCUGGAAACCAAGGUGGAUGAGAAGCUGGACCCAAAGAAACUGCAGGUAGCACUCACAGGAUUCCUGGAGAAGCAGGCGGGCCCCUUUAUGGAGGAAUUGUGGCAGCUUCUGCUCAGUGCACAGAGCAAUCCUACAGGAAUCCCCAGUGCCAUUCUGGACAAAAAGAAGCAGGAAAUGCAGACCAUUGCGCAGGAGAAAAGUAAGCUCAAGAAGGUAUUGGACACUAAGAAGAAGGAGAACGAGAGACAGCGCAGACCACAGGAAGACGCUACUAAGAACGAACGACGUGAGAGAAGACGGUCGAGGAGCUUGCAGAGACGUCCGCGUAGUCCACCGCGACACUUUCGUAGUCCGAGACGCUCGCCGAGUGUCAAGAGACGAUUAAGGAGUCCUCCGCGUAGACGGAGACGCUCUCCAAGUCCACGUAGACGCUCCAGGAGUCCGCGAAGACGGUCCCGCAGCUCCCCGCGUGGGCGUUCAAGACGUGGGCGAUCUAGGUCGCCGUCUGUGAAGCGUCAUCGUAGAGACCGAUCGGCGUCUAGAUCCCGUGAGCGACGUUCCGAGAAGAGGAAGAGGUCUUCGAGAGGAGAGAACAGAAGCCGCCGCCCUCGUCGUUCGCCGUCCAGUUCUUCGACGGCAUCGCGUCACCGAUCUCCAUCUUCGUCUCGCUCACCUUCACCUCGUCGUGGGUCGCGUACAUCUUGUCGAAAGGGUUCCAUUGAAAGUGAGUCCGAUAGCGACUAA